CUGAAAUUAUUCUUGGUUGAGUUGCAGAGUCUCCAGAUUAUACGUGGCGGGAAGUUCAGAGCUCCUCCAAACACGCGUCAUUUUCCUUCUCUUCAAUCUUCACUGCCUUCACCGCUUCCUUCUUUCUCUCUUCUCUUUCAGUUUCCUCCAUUCUCACCCACAAAAUGCAGCGUUCAAGACCCACUUUCCAUUUCGGCAAAUUCCUCGCCAAUGGGUACACAAUCCGCCGUGGGUUCUGCUCGGAGAAGCUAUCGGACGAGCAAUCUCACUUCAAGAACGCCGGUGGRGCAAUGGCCGCCCAUCUCAAGUCUCGCUCCGUCGUCCGAUUUCGGGGGCCCGACACCGCCAAGUUCCUCAACGGGCUACUGACCAACGACGUGCGCCGGUUUGGGGAAUCGCCGAGUGAGAAAACGUCGUCGUUGCCCACCUCCAAUUUGGCGCCGCUGUCGGUUCCGCCUAUGUAUGCUGCGAUGUUGACGCCGCAGGGGAGGUUUCUGUACGAUUUGUUCUUGUAUAGGCCGCCGAGGCCUGAAGAGAAGCUUGAUCGGACUGGUUCUGGGCCGGGUCCGGCGUCUGAUGAACCGUUGGAGUUGCUGGCGGAUGUGGAUUCUUCUGUGUUGGAUGAGCUCUUGCAGACGCUGAAGAAAUACCGUUUAAGGUCUAAGGUUGAUAUUGAGAAUGUSGCAGAGGACUUUUCUUGCUGGCAACGUUUUGGUAAAAAUCUCUCCAGAAAAGCUUCAUCUGCAGAGGAACCUGAAGCUGCCAGUGUUGGGUGGGGUGCUGGUGUUGAUCCUGCUGCAAUGUCGUCUUCACGUGGGGAAGAUACCGGCUGGCAAUGGUUUCAAGAUCCAAGAUUGGAAUGUCUUGGUUUCAGAGGGAUUUUUCCAUCUAAUGAAACCCCUCCUCUUAUCGAGGCGGAUAAAGAAACAGAUGAAGAUAAUUACAUACUGUGGAGACUGGAGAAGGGAGUUGCAGAAGGUUCAACUGAGAUUUCGAAAGGUGAGGCAAUUCCUCUUGAAUACAACAUGGUGGGUCUAAAUGCAAUAAGUUUUGACAAAGGGUGCUAUGUUGGCCAAGAGCUUGUUGCUCGCACACACCACCGAGGAGUUAUCCGAAAACGUGUGGUUCCUCUGAAGUUUCUUAAUGACAGAAGAGAAGAUGUAGAGCAGAAAGUAUCUCCCGGAUCCAAAGUGAUCAACUCUGCAUCAAACAAGAAAGCAGGUAAUGUGAUUGCGGCACUCGGGUGCCGUGGACUGGGCCUCCUGCGAUUGGAUGAAGCUUUCAAAGGAUCACAGGGUUUGGCUAUAGAAGGUCUGGAAGGCAUUACAGUUGAAGCCGUUAGRCUGGACUGGUGGCCGGCGGAAUGGUUACAGGAGCAAUAACACAAUACUGCUAUCCCAUAGAGGGAACCUGCUUCUCAGUCUGAUCAAUCCUGCAUCAUCUUUCAGGCAUGGUUUAAUUUGUUGUUAGCUACCUUACUAAUAAUUCAGAUGUUAUCAAUAAAGUUUUAAAAUCGAAUUACGUGCU